AUGGAGGUCAAGAUCCCGCUGGUGCCCGCGGUGGAGCGACCCGAGUACGAAACUCCGCGUGCAAUACUCCAAAGAUCGAAGACGACGCUGAUCCAGUGUCGGAAGGUCGAGGCGAGUCAGGAUCAAGAUAUUCCUGACUGCCUACCCUCGGACGAGUCGCCGUCGGAGAUUCGACCGUUGGAUCUAGCGUCUGUCGCAAGUGAGGAGUCGGAUCUGUCGUCUAUCGCAGACGAAGGCCCUAUAUCGCAUGCUGUAACGGUCAAGGAGGCACUAGAAGAUCUCGAUCAAGUGACGUCAGACGUGUGGACGACUAAUCUGUCGUUGGAGGAAACUAUAGGCGUGGUGGAAAUGCGAGAAGAGGAUGCCCGAGAUGAAAUUGGGGUUGUCAGCGCAUCGGAUCUGGACCUCACAUGGGACUCAGAUCAAGAUUAUGAUGAAUGUGUGUACUACCAUGAAGGAAGUGAUCUGUACGCGGAAGAUGUCGAUGGUCAGAUGGCUGUACUGCCGGAAGUGCCUGUGAUGACGGAAGAUGUGAAGAUCGAGGGCAUUCAACUGUGUGGAUCUGAUAAUCAGACCCCAGAAGAAAUUGAUCGACUUCGCCAAAGGAUCUGGAAGUUCCGACAUCUCUUGAUCGGCAAAGGAAAUGCCCUCCCGCCGCCGGCUAGAGGUGUGGUGUGCGAUAUCGACGUCGGAGGAGCGAGGCCUAUCGCCCUGAAGUGUCGUAAGUUGCGGAUCCAGUUCAGGGAGAAGCUGGCAGACUCGAUCAAGGGUCUAUUGUCCGCCAAAAUGAUCAACUACUCUAGAUCACCAUGGGUUUCCCCGAUCGUGGUGAUCAUCAAGAAGAAUGGAGUGGAUAUC